AUGAGUUGCGUGCCAUGGAAAGGUGACAAGACUAAAUCGGAAUCACCAGAGCCACCCCAGCUACCACCAGUGCACAUUUACCAUGAGAAGCAGCGUAGGGAGCUGUGUGCCCUCCAUGCCCUCAACAAUGUCUUCCAGGACAGCAACGCCUUCACUAGGGAAACCCUGCAGGAGAUUUUUCAGAGGCUGUCUCCCAACACCAUGGUGACGCCCCACAAGAAGAGCAUGCUGGGGAAUGGGAACUAUGAUGUGAACGUGAUCAUGGCAGCGCUUCAGACCAAAGGCUAUGAGGCGGUUUGGUGGGACAAGCGCAGGGAUGUUAACGUCAUUGCCCUGUCUAACGUGAUGGGCUUCAUCAUGAAUCUGCCCUCCAGCCUUUGCUGGGGCCCCUUGAAGCUCCCCCUCAAGCGACAGCACUGGAUCUGCGUCCGGGAGGUGGGAGGCACCUACUACAACCUCGACUCCAAACUCAAGGUGCCCGAGUGGAUUGGAGGUGAAAGUGAGCUCAGGAAAUUUUUGAAACACCAGCUGAGAGGAAAGAACUGUGAACUCCUGCUGGUGGUGCCAGAGGAGGUGGAAGCACAUCAGAGCUGGAGAGCUGACGUGUGA